AUGGCACCAGUUUUCCUGGUUCCUAUCAAGGGGAUCUUUGACGACCUAAGCGAGCGGUGUUGCGGUGUCGGGAGCUACAACCGUACUGAAAAAUUCAGACGGUACAGUUACGAGGAAAGUACUGUAGGAAAUUAUGACAGGUUUCUCAAGAGCAGCAGAAACCCCUUUCACCCGUACAAGAGGCAGAUCAGCGAAGAGGUCUUCCAGGAAGCACAUCAAGCCCUCCCGCCGGAGAGUUCCCCCUUCAAAAACACCAGAAGCAUCGAUGGUUUUGAGGGUCUACCAGGAUCUACAGGUCCUGACGAGUCAGAGUCAUUUCCUACGCACAUUCCGAACAUCUCCACCGAACAACCCUGGUGUAACAGCCUCCAGUACAGCACCACAGGGCAAGAUCACAGUUCACAAGUCAUGCAGGAUUCAGACAUGAAGCUCAGGACAUCCCCGCUGGAAGGGCAGCCUGGUUUGUAUUGCUACCAGCCCCCAGUGCAGCAGAUGUACUGCCCCUCGCAUCCUUUCCAUCAGUAUCCCUCCGGAGGCAGCUACCCUGUGACUUAUAUCACUUCUUCACACUACCCGUACCAAAGAAUCGCUCCUCAAAGCAGCCAAGAAUCCCAGCAGCCUCUAUUUCCCAAACCCAUCUACUCCUACAGCAUCCUGAUCUUCAUGGCACUCAAAAACAGCAAGACAGGGAGCUUGCCAGUCAGUGAGAUUUACAAUUUCAUGACGGAACACUUUCCUUACUUUAAGACAGCUCCAGAUGGCUGGAAGAAUUCUGUGCGCCACAACUUAUCUUUGAACAAAUGCUUUGAGAAAGUUGAAAACAAGUCGGGCAAUUCUUCUCGGAAAGGCUGUUUGUGGGCUCUGAAUCCGGCCAAAAUUGAUAAGAUGCAGGAGGAGCUUCAGAAAUGGAAGAGGAAAGACCCAGUUGCUGUAAGGAAGAGUAUGGCAAAGCCAGAAGAACUUGACACACUGAUCGGCGACAAAAGUGAAAAGCUGAGAUCUUCCAUCAUGUCCUGCAGCCCGACGGGGGUUGCCAGUGCCUCCCUCUCCAGGCAGAUGGCAGUCCAGCCCCAUUCCUUGGUGGAACCUUCUCUUUCCUCCGGCAUCCCACAGCCCUUGCACAGCAUCCCCGCCUCGGGACCUCUACAUGUCAAGACCCCAGUACCAAAUUUGCUCGGGGGGCAGCAAACCGCCUGCUACCCAUCACCCCAGGGGUUUCCGCACAUCUCCACUACACUGAUGCAACAGCCACCUGAGCCUCAGACCCUCUUUCCUUCUGGGGAGGCUCAAAGCGAGCUCGCAACUCAGCCCCGCGCCCCCCAGGACUCGCCGCUGCCGGCGCAGACCCCCCCCGGCUGCGGGGCGAGGGGGUCCCCAGCCCGCACAGCGCCGGGCACGCUGCUGCAAGAGGGGGAGCUCAGCAAUGACAUCGAUGCUCUGAAUCCGUCCCUGACUGAUUUUGAUCUCCAAGGAAACCUUUGGGAGGAGCUGAAAGACGACAGCCUCGCCGUGGAUCCCCUGGUUCUCAUUUCAGCAUCCCCAACGUCUUCCCCGUGUUUCCCUCCCCACUGCCAACUGGAGACGGGCGCCAACGGCGGCGUCCAGAGCGGAGCUCCGCACGGCACUCUGCCCGACCUACAGCUCACCACGCUCUACUCCGCCUUCAUGGAGCUGGACACAGUGUCUCCUGCCUACCUAAGUAAUCCUGGAUCCAAACCGAUAGCGCUAAUGUGA